UCCCUUUCAAAACUCUUCACUCCAACUCUAACACUCAUCACUUCUUCUCUUUUCCAUCAAUCUUGUUUAAGAUCUAUUAUCAUGGCCUCUUUUGUUGCCCCUUAUUUUCUUCUUAAGCUCCUUUUAUUAGUCUCUCUUGUUCAUUUCAGCUCAGCAGGAAGGAGACUCGCAGAGUCUGAUCAAAACCAGUACCCCUUGUUGUUUCAAUACCACAAUGGUCCUCUUCUUACUGGAAAAAUUUCCAUCAACUUGAUUUGGUACGGUAACUUCAAACCUGCCCAACGUGCCAUUGUCUCAGAUUUCAUUACCUCCCUUUCUUCUGCUCAACCCACCACGUCCCAACCUUCUGUUGCUACCUGGUGGAAAGCCACAGAGAAAUACUACCACCUCGUCAAAUCCAAGAAAACCGCUCCUCUCGCCCUUUCCUUGGGCACCCAAAUCUUUGAUGAAAGUUAUUCAUUAGGCAAAUCGCUCUCCAGUAAGCACAUUGUUCAAUUAGCCUCCAAGGGUGGUCAAAAAGAUGCUAUCAAUGUGGUUUUGACGUCGUCCGAUGUGGCUGUGCAAGGGUUUUGCUCUAUCAGGUGUGGCACUCAUGGUUCUUCUAUGAGUGGUCAAAAAAUCAAUGGCAAAAGCUCCAAAUUUGCUUACAUCUGGGUUGGGAAUUCCGAGACUCAAUGCCCAGGUCAAUGCGCCUGGCCAUUCCACCAGCCAAUCUAUGGACCGCAAAGCCCACCGCUUGUCGCACCCAACAACGAUGUUGGUCUUGAUGGUAUGGUCAUCAAUAUUGCUAGCCUUUUGGCUGGGACUGUGACCAAUCCAUUUGGAAAUGGAUACUUCCAGGGUCCAAAGGAGGCUCCUCUGGAAGCUGCAUCGGCUUGCUCUGGGGUAUAUGGUAAGGGAGCCUACACUGGUUAUGCCGGGGAUCUGUUGGUGGACUCUACAACUGGUGCUAGCUACAAUGCACAUGGUGUUGAUGGCAGGAAAUACUUGCUUCCUGCUUUGUUUGACCCUUCAACCUCAGCUUGUUCGACUCUGGUCUGAAAGAAGAUAUUGCAGGGCGCGCUCACAUAUCUUAUUUGGAGAACAUAAGUAGACUGUAGAAUUGCGAGACAGAGAGAUUCUUUUAUUAUUUUUAAUGAUUAAUUCAUUCAUUUGUAACAUCGUUUAUGAAUAAUGAAGAUUUAGAUUUUCUUCCAAAUAA